UGGUAGACGGGCGUCUUCGCUUCUCUGGCCGUCGUUUCCAGUCGGCCUGCAGGUAGCCCUGUUGCUCGCUUCGCUUAGCACUUCUUGCCUUGAUGGUCUCCUUGCUCCCUCGCGCACCCUACCUUGCCUGCCUCGGCAAUCCCACCGCCCGCGCGUCCACCUCCUCGCUGCGACUGCCGGCCAUGUCUUCCUCCGCCCCCGCCCCCGCGGCCACGGCGGCGGCAGAGCCGGAGGCGUCCCGCCCAAGGAAGAUGCCGGUGCUCUUAUUUGACGUCAUGGACACCGUCGUCCGCGACCCCUUCUACGACCACAUCCCCUCCUUCUUCCAAAUGUCCAUGAAGGAACUCCUAGAAAGCAAGCAUCCAACAUCAUGGUCCGAAUUUGAGAUGGGGCUGAUUAAUGAG